AUGGAGGUCCUUCCCCCUUGCGAUCCCUUCAGCCUCAGGCCCUGGAAUCCCGCUUGCCUCUCAGACUUAGCCACCACCAUCAAUGCCAGGGAGGAUGAGAGCCCUCUGCAAGCUGUGGCACUGCAGCGGCUGAAGCGGCCCUCAAGCCCAGCAUCCUUCUUGGCACGGAAGGUGGCGCAGGAGGCCUGCAGCAACUAUCCUCCUGUCUACGCCAGUCGUAGGCCGCGCUCACCACGCUCUCCACGAGAAGGCCGAGGACGAAGGCGCUUCUCUGGGGCUUCGCGGACAACCGGGUACAGCACAGAAAGGUCAACACUUCCUGCGCCUGCCAGUCCGCGGAGCAAGGCCCAGACUUGGCACUCAAAGACCUCCUGGCUUCCACGUGAUUUCGAAGGCAUCCGCCACGAAAGCAGUAGUUCUCCGAGGGCCUGGGCCCUCAAAUCUUGCGAGCUCCUCUCGCCUGCUGUAGUUCGAGGCAGCUUGAAGAGCUACAAAAUGCACAGCUCCAGCUCUGCACCAUCUCUGGCAGUCAAAGUUUCGCCUCGGCGGGCCAAUCGCACGCUGAUGUCCCUGGUGGCGGACGGCAGGCAGAGCAGCAGCAAGAAAGAGCAUGACCGGGUGACAAAAUGCCUUCAAGGUAUCGUCCGCCGCACGGCUAUUGCCCAAAAAGCAGCCUUCGCCUUCGCCGAAAUGAACAAAGCCCACGCAGCAGGUUUGCACUGGGAUGAUGAUGUGCAGAAUGCAAGCUCCACUGGCGUUCGUUCCCUUGAAGGCCUGGAGCCAGAUGGGUCCACGUACCUGCGGGGAAAUGCACUGCUUACCCAACUGCUCGCCUGCAUGGCAAACAUGCCGUUGCCGUACAUGUGGUACGUGGAAUUCUGCCAGCCGCUGGACCUGGAGGGCCGGAGCAGCCAGAAGCGGAUUGAGGCAUGCCAGAAGUCGGGGAGGGACCUGUCGCUGUGGACCUCUCUGCGGGAGCGCGAUGAUCUCUAUUGCCGCUGUUGGUCCGCAACCUUCGAUAUUGUGCAGUCCUUGUCGGAAUGGGUCAUGCUCUCCUGGUUCAUAUGCCUGCUGGGAGUGCUCCUGGCCAUCUACACGUCCAUCCGGCCAAAGCUCCUCAGCAUGGGCCCGACAGCUCACAAAGAGGUCAUCGGCUGCAUCGGCCUGAGCACGGCCGCCAUCAUCUGGAAGGUUUUCAACGGCCUGGAGGAGUCCAGAUUCGAAGGAGCCUGA